AACCCUUCGUAGUAUAUACAGACCACAAGAACCUUGAAAACCUAAGAACGGCCAAGCAGCUGAACUCACGUCAGGCCCGGUGGGCUCUGUUUUUUAGCCGCUUUAACUUUCAUCUUUCAUAUCGCCCCGGAUCCAAGAAUGUUAAGCCGGUUGUCUUAUCCCGUCUGCACGACUCACAGCAGGAAUCAACGGAGCCCGAGUCCAUCCUACCAGCUGGAUGUCUGGUGGGAGCGGUUGCCUGGCCAGUGGAGCGACGGGUACGGGAUGCCACACGAGACCUCCCAGUUCCACGUGGUGUUCCGCCCAACCGACUGUUUGUACCCCCAGACCUCCGAGGGGAGGUGAUCCAGUGGGCCCACGCGUCAGCGAGGAGGAGGUCCACGUCCCUUCGGCACACGCAUUGGUCCGGCGCUGCCGCCUCACAUGGUUGCGAGCACGGCGAACCAUGCUGCAGGCGCAGGACCGGUACAAGAAGGCGGCGGACCAUAAGCGAACCCCUGGUCCGGUAUACAAGGUGGGUGACCAAGUCUGGUUGUCCACCAGGGACCUCCGACUACAAGCACAAUCACGCAAGUUAACACCGAAAUUCAUUGGUCCGUACACUAUUUCCCGUAUCAUUAACCCCGUGUCUGUGAGGCUCUCAUUGCCCAGAACCAUGAAGAUACACUCUACGUUCCACAUCCGCCGGCUCAAACCCUUCAGGUCGUGUCCCAUGGUCCCUCAUCACCAGCCACCCACACCUCCACAGGUCAUAGAUGGAGGCCCCGCCUACACGGUCCGGGACCUCCGCGACUGUAGACGCCGGGGACGGGGCUUUCAGUACCUGGUGGACUGGGAAGGAUACGGGCCAGACGAACAUUCCUGGGUACCGGCCCGAGACAUCCUGGACAAGUCCCUCAUCAGGGAGUUCCACGCAGCGCAUCCUGAGGCCCCGUCUCCGGAGGGGAUGGGGCGACACGACCAGGUUCCCACAGAUGAGGAGGAAUCCGGAUCUGGUCCCUCCUCCUGAUGUCCUCCCUCCGCCCACCCUGCUUCGGCGUCCGGCCGGGGGGGGAUUCGGGCCCUCCUCCUGCGACCUCCCUCCGCCCGCCCUGGGCGGGGGGGGGGGGCUCCGUUGGCAGACGCCAUGGGGGGGUACUGUCAUAGUUCACGCCAUUUCCUGUUUUAUUUUGUAAUACUUCCUGUCUCUCAGUUCAGUUCCCGGUUAAUUCAGCACACCUGUUAACAGUUAAUUAAUCAGCACCACUAUAUAGCCUCCACCCCUCACAGACUCCAGUUGCCAGAUUGUUAAGUUCCGCACUUCUUUCCAGCAUUUCGUAUCUUGUGUUCCGUGUAUUGAUCCUGACUCCCUUGACUACUGUAUCCUGCCUGAACCUUGUCUGUUACCUUUGCCUGGAAAAAUACCUUGCCUCUUGUGUAUUACCUGGACUGUCCG